GCAGUGAGUGGCCAGCGAGAUCGAUGGAAAGCAGAAGAUACUCAGAGGAACUCAACAACAGCCCAGAACACUGGAAGAGUUGAAAAACUAUCACACUUUGAUUGAAGAGUUUGGAGUUUGUGUGUGUAACUCUCACGGACACCCCUUUGUGUUGAAGGAUGGAUCUGCUGUGGUGUUAGCCGAAUGAUAUGCUGAUGUAUUCAGGACACACGCACUGAUGGAAUUAAUUUUUUUCCCUCGGCACGUGAGGGAAAGAUGGAGAGAGAGAGAGAGAGAGACUGAGAGGGAGACGGCAAGAUACGGAUGUUGAUGAUGUUGCGGCAGCGUUGAUGAUGCUCUGGAGGGACAAUGCUGAAAGACACUCUAAACUCACACGCGCCUGUGUCAUUCUGUCGCUCUUGCUCCAGGGGGAGACCCUCUGCACCCGUUGCGCCGCUUCGGAGGAAGUUAUAAGCAUUGCUAUUUUCAGUGUGUGAGCGAGCAGCGCUUAGGCAGGCAGAUAACUGCUCUCCGCGCCCUGUUCACUGCUGUUUGAUGGAGAACGAGGGAAUGUAGGGAUGAGAGAGGAGGCGAGAGCUAGUGAAUUAAUAUGAUACUUUGAUAAAUAACGGGACUGCUGGUGACCACGCUUGUGGACUAAAGCAAGACGUUAUUUUUGAAUGCGGACGCACAUGCACACACGCAGGGGACAGAAUGGCAAGUUUCGGGAAACUUACGGAUUACUUUAACCGUCGGCGUUCCAGAGACGAGCUCGUGGCUCGGAGAGAUGCCCGACGCAGUGGUAGUUACUGCUGCACAGUGGUCGAGGCCAGGUCAUUGGAGCGACGGCUACAGAGGCCUGUGUUGGCCAAAUCCAGGACGUUACCCAGCAUUCCCCAGUCCCCUUCUGUCGUCCGGAUGCAACCGUCAGAAAAUGUUUCUGAUUGUGAACGCCACCCACGUCUUCCUUCCAGUCCUGGUGGUCUUGAAGCUUGUACGCUCCCCCCGGCAGGUGAGAUGUGGCAUCUAGAAGAUGAAAACGACGGGGACGUCGCUCCGGGCGCCGUCGACCUCCGUCCGCGCUCUCAGUCGCCGUUCUCGCAUUUCCGUCGUCGGGCGGCGUAUCUAAGGAAAAGCAUUUCGGCGGAUGACCACCUGGCCGAUGAUGAAUUUGAGCCCGCCAAGGCGGAGGGGAGGAGCUUAGCCGACCCCAAAGUUAAACUGAAGAGGAAGUUUAGUUUGGGCUCCAUAGACAGGAAGGGGACGCGUCAGAGAAGGAGUGAGUCUGGGAUUGUGAAGUUAACCCAGCGACUCUCUUUGAAAGACAAACACUUGAAGGAGGACAGGAGCCUGCAGUCUAGACCCCUGGCCUACAGGAGGCGCUCUCUCAGCGUGGACUGGGCCGAAUCCAAAAUGACUCAACAAAUCCCAGAGCCUCAUCCUCUGAUCUCACGCAAGUAUUCCAGUGCAUCAUGUUCAUCUCCUCCGAGCGCGGCGCGACGCCUCUACAGAAACCUGUCUGGAAAGUUCCGCACAGCGAAUCUGCUGCAGGAUGAUGCGGCGCUCAUGGGCCAGUUGGACAAGGAUCAGUCGCACAAAACCUCAGUGUUUCAGAGUAAUGAGGCUCUGUUUGAAGCUGUGGAGCAUCAGGAGCUGGACGUGGUGGAGUCUCUGUUAAACACAUUCAGCUUGGAGGAGUUGGAUUUAAACACUCCCAACAGUGAGGGACUGCUGCCCCUCGAUAUCGCCAUCAUGACCAACAACGUCCCCAUGGCUAAACUGCUGCUAAGGGCCGGUGCCAAAGAAAGCCCCCAUUUUUUAAGUCUUGAAGGCAGAGCUGCUCACCUGGCCUCACUGGUGCAAGAGGCGGAGCAUCGUAUAGCUGAGCUGGUCGCCCAGGUGACAGGGGAGGAGCCAGGGGAGAGGGAGGAGUCAAAGAGAGAGAGACAGCUGAAGGUGUGGGAAUGGAAGCUCCGCCUCUACAAGCGCAUGCAGACAGGAUAUACACAUGCCAGUCCUCCCGAGCCGCCCAGCGCAGUCCAUCUCUCUGUCAGCAGUAACACCAGUCUCAGAGUCCACUUCCAAGAGCCACUUUGUCACAAUUCUGCUGUUAUUACCAAAUACCGUGUGGGUUGGAGCAGCGUUCCUUCAUUCAGCCCGUUACUGGGUGAGACGAUCAUUGAAGAUGUGACGCAACUGCAGUAUGACAUUACCGGACUUACAGCGGGCACCUGUUAUUAUGUCCAGAUAUCAGCAUAUAACAUGAAGGGUUGGAGUUCACCUCAAACAUCUGAACCUGCAUGUGCUACACCCUCGAGUUGGAGGGAUGUUGACGGGCUGUCAUCUCGCCAUAGGGGCGUGAAUGAGGCGUUAGAGCUUCUCCUGGUGCAACUUAAAGGGGCACAUCGUCACUGCACAUGCCACGAACAGUGCAAAGCCCCGUCAAACAGGAAACACUCGGUGUCUAAAAGCCUCAGGCAUCUCUUCCAGCCCACCAGCAAAUUUGUCAAAACUCUGAAAAGAGGUCUGUAUCUGGCCUGUGUUUUCUACAAAGAUGAGAAUAUUCUGGUCACUCCAGAAGACCAGUUGCCUAUCGUGGAGGUGGACGACUCUUUCAGCUGUCAUGCACAGGAUUUCCUCUGGUUUACAAAGGUGUCGCAUCUCUGGGAGGAGCUCAGCUGGAUGCAGCAGUGCAUCAGUCCUGCACACGCCUCCAGUUCCUGCACACUUCUGACGCGACUCAAACUGCUUCAGGCUGCUGCACAAUUACAGGCACUUCUCGGCAUGGUGGAUCUGGGUCAGGUGUAUUUUGAGCCGAUUAAAGAUAAGCACGGUAAUGCAGUGUUGGUGUUGAUGAGAGACAUGAGCUCGUGUGCGUCGCUGGAAGGCAUUCGCUGGAUUCCCGUCAGUAAAUUCCAGCUGCAGCGCAGGUCUUCCUCAUCUUCAUCAGAAGAACCCACCGCACUGGAGACCCUGCUCACAACACUACACGAGAAACAGUCCUAUCACUGGCGCAGCAGGAAGUGUUUGUCCGCCGGUCUGUAUCUGGGUUACCUGAAGUUGUACACCUCAGUAGACCAGAUCAGAGUGCUGGUGUCACAAAAACAUCCAAAUGUGCUGUGUCACACCAAAAUACGAGACAACGGCCACGUCUCCAGAGAGGAAUGGCAGUGGCUGCAAUCCUUGACUUCGCUCGAGGAUAGCGUGCAGGUGUGCGCCGAUGCCCAAAGCGCUCCGCAUCGCCUCCUACUGGACCUACGAAAUGCUGCCAAAGAUUUGCUCGGCUACAUCAACAUUCCUAACAACCAGGCGCAGGAUUUCCGUGUUUAUGUAAAGGAGGUAGUAGAGUUGGGUGAGGGUGUGUCCUUUCUGUUGCUCCUCCCUCCAUGUGAGGAGGUGUGUUCACCCCCCGGUCAAAACCACCUGUGCUCGCUGCGCUCGGGAUUCUUCACUCUACCACUGCAGAUCUUUGAGUUGGUUCAUUUUGAGUCAUACUGCCCUAGUUUCAUUGCUCUGUAUUGCCGUGUAUCCGCUCUGUUGGGUCUGGAGUCUCUGAUGUCCCAGCAGUCUCUGCGGGAAGCGUUCUCUGAGUCGGAGCUCAUCGCUGCCAAACACAAACAUCAGCAGACUGAAGAGUAUUUGCAGCAUAUGGAGGACCUGUGGCGUGAUGCCAGGUGGAUGGUAGAAGUUCUGCAGUCUGCUCGAUACAAACAGCAGAGCUCUGGAGUGAGUCUGGGCUGGAUUAUAGACUUCUCCAAAGAGAGUUUUCCAGAAAAAACAGCUUCCACCUCCUCACAACUCGACUAUUUGCCCUCUCCAACCCCUUCACCAGAAACUACACGAAAACUCAACGAUCCCCACGGUCCGUCUGAUGAAGAUGAUACAUCUGAGGUCUUCCUCACCACUGACAGUGAGUAUACCUCCAGUGUUUCCCAAAGCACCAGAGAACUGGACCUUCUCCCACCCUCCCCGACCAGCUUCCGAUCCGUACCGUCCACCCACCCUUCCUCCUCAUCACAGUCGUCACCCCGCUCCUCCCAGUACCAGCCCGACGUCCUGCAGACCGGAGGAGGAAAUGUUAUCGGUGUGAGCAGACGGGAGAACACGGGACUGAACGUGUUCGAUAGUGACUUCAUCCUUCCGAGUCGUCAGAUUGAACUUUUACGAGUCACAGAGAAGAAAACAGCGCUGUGUGUUCGCACGAGUAGCCUGGAAUACCCGGCCCCUGUCCCAAUGCCAGCCACACCCACCAGCUCCGCCUCCCAUAAAGGCUGGGCACGCCCUUCCUCAUUCGAUCUGUGCUUUUCCACCCACGAGCCCCGCCCUACGCCUGUCCGCACCCUAUCAGAGGACAGCGGUGUGCAGCGACUCUCCGCCCACUCAAAUGGUUCGCCUCUGAGAACGUGCCACACCACGCUGAGGGUUUACCCACAAUACCGGACUGGGUUACCCAAAGACACCAGUGUAAAACUACGUGCGACUACAGAGACGACAGCUAAAGAGAUGGUUCGUUUAGUAGUGCAGGAGAUCAACGCUGUUUGUUGCCACCUGCAGAAAGCCGUCCAGCAGUGCACAUGUGCGCCGGAACCAUGCGGCUACCCGUCGUGUAUGUCCGAGGUGUGUGUGUACAAAACCGAGCAGCUGGAGCACUUCGGGCUCGUUCUGUUGGUGGAGGGGAGAGAGAAAUGGCUUCAAGAUGAUUUCUGUCCGCUCACACUACAGAAUCCCUGGACACGUGGGAAACUGUGCGUCCGCUUCAAAGAGUACUCGCCACUCGCGCUGCAGUACAGCCGAGCCACUACUGUUUGACACAAAUGCACAGUUACAAUCACUGAAACUAACACUCGUGUACAUAGACGCACUCUUACACACUGGCUAAGUGCAUCAACUACUGAUUUUCGGUGUUUUCCUUGUUGUUUAGUUUUGAUGUCACUUCACAAGGUCUUACCAUAGGUUGACUAGAACUGUACGGGUGUACUGUACUAAGUAUGGAUGUGCUUUGAUUAUCACCGCUUUCAACUGCACCACACAAGCUUUGACUCUUAAAGGGAUAGUUCACCUUAAAAUGAAAAUUCUGAGGCUAAUGUUCUGCCUAACAUUUCCUUUUGUGUUCCAGGACACUGAAAAAAGUUUGGAGCGCAACGGAAUGGAACAAAACGCAGGUGUCUUGAGUUGUAAAAAUUGUCAACUUGACACGUCAUCUUAAAAAUGCGAUGCUGAAAAAAUGGGAUGAAACAAAACACAGGCGUCUCCAAUUUUGAACUUGAACUGUAUUCAAAUUGACACGCCAUCUAAAAAUGGCACUAAUGAACGAGACACUGAAAACGUUAGAUGGAGCUCAACAGAAUGGAAAACAAAGUUGAUCCGUUUUCAGUUUUACACGUCAUCUUAUAAACGCAACGUUAAUGCAUGGGACCAAAUUUAUGCAGAGCGCAACAAAACAGAAUAAAACAUAAGUGUCUUGAAUCUUUAAACUUACUGUUGUCAACUUGACAUGUCGUCUUAACACGGUGCUAAUGCGAGGGAUGCUGAAAAAAACACGUCAUCUUAAAAUCGCAACAUUAAUGCAUGGGAAUGAAGUUAUGUGGAGCGCAACAAAAUACAAUAAAACUUAAGUGUCUUGAAUCUUACAUUUAAACUGUUGCCUACAUGACAUGCCGUCUCAAAACGUGGCGCUAAUGCAUGGGAUAGUGGAAAAAGUAACGGAGUGCAACGGAAUAAAACAAAACACAAAUGUCUCGUAUUUUUAAAAGUUGAACUGUUUUCAAGUUGAUAAAGUAUCUUAAAAAUGUGACACUAAUGCGCGGGACACUGAGAAAAGUUUGAUGGGGCGCAACGGAAAGAAACCAAACGCAGGUGUCUCGACAAGUUUUUAAAAAGUUUAACUUUUUCUAACUUGAAACGGGGUAUAUUGCUCGGGGCAACAGAAUGGAACAAAACACAGGUGUCACCAAUUCUAAACUUGAACUGUUUUCAGUUUGACACGCCAUCUAAAAAUGUAGUGAAACAAAACGCAGGUGUCUUGCAUUGAUAAAAAUGAAACCUUUUUAACUUGAUAAAUUGUCUCAAAAAUGCGACGCUAAUGCAUGAGAUAAAAGUUAAAGGGAGCACAAUGGAAUAGAAUAAACACAAGUGUCUCGAAGUUUUAAUUUAAACUGUUGUCAACUUGACACGGCAUCUUAAAAAUGCAACGCCAAUGCGUGGGAUGCUGAGAAAGUUACACGGAGCACCACGGAAAGGAACAAAACACAGAUGUCACCAAUUUUACAUUUGAACUGUUUACAAUUUACAAGCCCUCUAAAAAUGGCACUGAAAACGUUAUACAGAGCGCAACAGAAUGAAAAUAUAAUGCAGGUGUCACAAGACUCAAUUUUUAAAAGUUCGACUGUUAUUUGACACGGCAUCUUAAAAACGCGACGCUAAUGUGCGGGUCACUGAAAAAAAUGUUUUUCAUUUGUAACUUCUGAUAUAUUCCUUCAUAUUCUAAUCUAGGCCAAGUUACAUUACAUAUAUUAUUGCAUAAAAGAUAUAAUUACUUUAUGUAAAUUUCUUUUGUAUUAAUUUAUGAUAAGAAAUUGAUCAAAUUUAAGUACUUGAAAGUUCGAUUGGAAUGUAACAAAACGCAGGUUUCUCAAGACUCUUUAUUUUAUGGGGUCUGGGUAGCUCAGCAAGUAUAGAUGCUGACUACCACCCCUGGAGUCAUGAGUUCGAAUCCAGGGUGUGCUGAGUUACUCCAGCAACCAAAUCCAGGUCUCCUAAGCAACCAAAUUGGCCCAGUUGCUAGGGAGGGUAGAGUCACAUGGGGUAAUGUCCUCGUGGUCGCUAUAAAGUGGUUCUCGCUCUUGGUGGGGUGCGUGGUGAGUUGUGCGUGGAUGCCGCGGAGAAUAGCGUGAAGCCUCCACACGCGCUAGGUCUCCGUGGUAACGCGCUCAACAAGCCACAAGAUAAAAUGCGUGGAUUGACGGUCUCAGAUGCGGAGGCGAUUGAGGAUUGAGGCGAGUCACUACGCCACCACGAGGACUUGGAGCGCAUUGGGAAUUGGGCAUUCCAGUUGCACUGUUUUCAACUUAACAAACGAUAUUGCAAGGGAUACCUAAAAAAAGUUACACGGACCACAACGGAAUGGAACAAAACACAGGUGUCUCCAACUAUAAACAUGAACUGAUUUCAGAUUGACACAGCUGUUCAAAACGGCACGCUAAUACAUGAGACAGUGAAAAAGUUAGACGGAGCUCAACAGAGUGGAAUUAAACCGCUGUCACGAGACUACUUUUAUAAAAGUUGAACCGUUUUCAAUAUGACACGGCACCUUUAAAACGCAGCGCUAAUGUGCGGUUCACUGAAGAAAAAUGUUAGACGGAGCAAAAUGAAACAACACAGAGCUAUUGUUGAACUAUUUUCAAAUUAAUACGCCAUCUUCAGGACGCUGAAAAAUUAUUUCACAAUGGAAACCAAUUAAAAGCAGCGCAGACGGACACAAGAACAAUGCCUUUGUGAACGGCCCCUUAAAUUGCUACUUUUAAUGUAUAGCCCUAAAUCGGUUGUAGAAUGUGGUUGUCACACCUGUACAUAACUAAACUGUGUGUGCAGAACACGAUUGUUCAAGAGAACUGUAUUUAGCUGUAGUGCUUGUUGCCAUGGAUAACAUUAGAACGAAAACACAUAAAAGCACAUUCUUGCUUGAAAACACAUUCUCGGUAACCUGUCACUUUAAUAAGUCUAUCUGAAUAAUUGUAAUGUACCAGAAGGUGUAAAUUCAUUAACAAAAGCUCUUCCAGGGGUGUUCACAAGUGAAACGUUUACAGAUGGUGGUUUGAUAUCACCAAACAAACAUUAUGUCCUGAUCGAUACUGCGGUUACGUGCACUGCAGUGUCCAUUCUUCCUCAGGAUACUGUUCUACCCUUCCAUCAAAUUUCCAUACAGUAACACCAGCCAAAAGAAACAUGGACUUGUCCAAACUGUGAAGGAAUCUUUGGGAUACUCUUGACACCGUGUCCUAACCAGGUGCAACGCCACAGUUUUUCUGUCCACACUGGAAGUGAAGCAAAGUGUGAAGCGAAGUCACGACCAAUCGGAUUAUCCUUGAUAAUCUCGGUCGUGUCAAAAACUCUUAAUAACAUGGAAGAGAAUCUUGUUUUUGUCGUGUCUGAUUGGGACUGAGGUUUGAGAUACUGUCAUGCCACAAGGUAAAUAUACUGAAUUACUGAACUAUCAUGUAUUUCUAUAACAGAUGCACUUGAGAAUAAAACUACACUGAAAAUACAAGAAGAACAGUAGCUAUAUCCAAAUGAAAAAGUGUCGUUUUUGAUCAUAUACUGAAUGUAAAGGAACGAACAGACACGACGAUCAAACAACUCUUGUAGAAGAAAAUAAAGCAAGUUGUUUCUGCAGGGCUGGACUUCAGUUUUGUGGUUUCGCAGACGGACUAUUCUGGUUUCUAAAGACUUCAUUUGUUAACUGAGAGCGAGCCGUUUGAUCUUGUUACAGUGCUGUGGAGUUUAUUAUCAAUAUUGUGUUUACUGUCAAUAUUUCACAACUGACUGACGGAAACACACACACUAUUGUAAAGUAAACGUUUGCUGAACUGUUUGGUGCAAUAAUAUAUUACACUGUUGAAGAAAAGUAUUCUUCCUAACACACUCAUGUAUGGAGUCACGUACAAAUACACACUCAGAAGAUGAUACACAACCUUUGUGAUGUGUGAUUUGGCAUGAUUGAAGAUGUAAGAAUUGUGUUCUGAUGUGUGCGUGUGUGCGCAUGAUCCUUGCAUGAGCUCAUAGUCUUAUGCAUGUCCAUUUGAUGAAAGCAUAGUUUUGAGCAGCUGCUGUCUGUGUUUGUGUGUGUGUGUGUGUGUGUGUGUGUGUGUGUGUGUGUGUGUGUGUGUGUGUGUGUGUGUGUGUGUGUGUGAUUGUAGUUUCUACUUGUGUUAAUAUGAGCGUUUCAUUUUCAGCAGCAGCAUCUGUUGUCUAAUACAGAUUCUCUUCUUCGCGGUGAGAUUCUCCAUGCAUCUGAUCAUGCCGAUUUUGUGCUUUUUUGAUGAGAGACAUGCAGAUGCUUGCUGGAAUUGGGCAGGUAUUAAACAACAGCAAGUGUUAUUUAAAGGUGAAGUGUGUAAUUUCUGCAGCACCAAACAGAUUUGCAAAAACAAUGACUUUUCCAGACUGGUUUCCUGAACUCCGUUAGUCCACUAACGCUGCAGAAAUUACACACUAAACCAAUAUUCAAAUUUAAGAGACAUAAGCAAAGAGUGUUCAAAGAAAAUAUACUGUAAAUUAAUAUAUAACAAUAAAUAAAUGUAUAUCUAUAUAGGGGGAACUGGGGCUAGUUGUCACAUGCAGAAGUUGUCUCAAAGGUUACAAUAAGAUUUCUUUUGUUUUUAGUUUUUUUGUUUUUAGUUUUUUUGUUUAGUUUUUUUUUUCUGUAUGUCACACAUAGUUCAAAACCCUCUUAAAUUAAAAGUGAGAAUUCAUAAAAAGUAUUUGAAAGACAGUUUUCACUGUUAUCAUAUUUGAGUUAUAGCUGUUGGGUAAACAACGAACAUAAUCAAAACACACUGCCAUACAUUCAGGCAAGGGUCAACUAUAUUAUGAAGGCAGAUUUUUUUAAAUAGGUUUAAAUGUGCUCUUAGGACAAAGGUAUUUUUCAUGAAAGUCAGGUCAGGAGGGUUGUUAUGUGUUUUAAAUGUCACAAAUUGAAACAAUUUAUCAAUUUCAAUAUUUGUUUACCAGAAGCAUUUUUAUGCAUGUUAACUUUUCUAUUUUUGUUGUGUAAUGAUAGACAGAUAGACAGAUACAGACAGACAGAUAGAUAGAUAGAUAGA